AUGUCGGCUUCCUCGUCUGGCGGAUCUCGUUUCGCUCUUCCCUAUCUUUCUUCUUUGCCGUCGAGGAAGUACAAAUUCUUGUUCGUUACUCCCGAACAAGUCGCGAGUCCGUCGUUCCAAAGAAUGCUCAGCCAGCUGGAGGCAAGACGGCGUGACAUAGGGGAGAGAGGAGGCGCGAAAGAAACGACAGCAGACGAGGAAGCGAGGAACGUCAGGCGCAGCCGAGGCGUCGCUCUCAUCGCUGUCGACGAGGCCCACUGUAUCUCCACUUGGGGUCACGACUUUCGACGAAGUUACAGAAAUCUGUCGGUCCUCCGAACCAUUCUGCCAGAGACCCCCUUCCUUGCAUGCACGGCGACGGCCACGCCUGCAGUCUGUGCAGAUAUUCAGACCAGCUUGGCGUUGAGAGACGCCGUCCAUAUUCGCCUUUCCUUUGACAGGAAAAACAUUUUUUACGAGGUUCGCCUGAAGAGGCGCCUCGGAGCGAGAACGGAGGACGACGCCGUCCCGGACGAAGAUCCAGCGGCCGCUGCCGACGAGGAAGAAGACUGGACGUUGGAAGACAUGGCCGCCGAGGUUGCGACGAGACACCAUGGAGAAUGUGGAAUCAUUUACUGCUUCAAAAAGGCCACAUGCGAGAGUGUGGCGGCGGCUCUUCGGUGCAGGGGGAUUCCAGCUCAGGCGUACCACGCUGGUCUUUCAGAUAAAGUUCGCUGCGAACUACAACGAGGGUGGAUGGAGGGAAACAUUCGAGUCCUCGUAGCCACCGUGGCUUUUGGCCUAGGAGUGGACAACCCCCACGUCCGAUUUGUCUUCCAUCACUCCUUGCCCAAGACGAUGGAGGGCUACUACCAGGAAUCAGGACGUUGCGGUCGAGACGGGCGUCCCGCGCAUGCGCUGCUUUACUACUCUCCACGCAAUUUCGAUAGCCUUCGGUACAUCAUGGAUUACACCUUCUCUCAGCUGAAGCUAUACUCUAGCAAAGGGCGGAAGCCGAAUGCUCGGACAAAGAAAGGCGCAGGAAAUCAACAGGAAGGCGAGGAAGAAGAAGAUCCGGACUUCGUCGAAGAUCAGAAGGCGAGGCUGGAACACAUGGAGAGGCGCUAUCAGAAGGACCUUCAAUCUCUGAAAGACGUUCGGAAGUACUGCGAAGAAACGGGUUGCCGGCGCGCGUGCAUUCUGAAGUUUUUCGGCGAGACCGUGGUGCGUCGGUGUGGUUUCGCGAAACCGUCAGGCAGACGAGAAAGCAGCAAAGGUCCUUCAAAGAAGAGACACAGAGACGCAGCAGAGGAGUCAGAAGCAACGUCCUGCCGCAGUUUCAAUCGAGCGAAAACGGAAGAGAAACUGAGCGUUCACAGUGGUAACGCCGACACUACAUUUGUCUCUCCAGGAAAUCGGAACCUCUCAGAAGGAAACUCUCUGUGGGCGUGUGCUAGGGAAGGGGCUCCUAGCUGCUCUGACCGCGGUGCCGGCGUCAGUGAAGUGAAUCUUGGAAACAGCCAAAACGCGGAAGACGUGAAAACGAACCUGUGUUCAGAUGAAUCCAAUAGAGGCGCCCGCCUUGAUGCCUGGCGAUGUUGCGACUUAUGUGAGGAAAGCAAGGAAGGGAAAACCAACGGAGGCGGCCUUCCCGGGAAGGGCCACUUAACCUCAGCGCCAUCGGCUUCCGUUCUGGCAUCUCUGAAUUCGCGAGGAUGCACCCGCGUUUCCUCUGCUUCCCGUCGGGCUCCCCGGAGUUUCGCUGGCGGUGGCAUGGCAGCUGUGGCUGGUGAAGACGAUGGGGGGGUUCUGGCGCGUGGAACUUUGGAAUUCGAGAAAGAUGACUCUUCAGGCGAAGAGACUGGUGGCGAUUCACGGUGGUAUGGAUCUGAGAAAAGCUUCACAGCGGCCACAACCCUCCGGACGGGGUCCUCGUGGUAUACAGGCACCUCCGUCAUGUCGAGAGGACUGAUGGCGUCUCUGCGAGGAAAGAGCAGUGAGUAUUGUAGAAGCGCUGGAACCGGCGCUUCAGGCGGGGGCCGGGUGGUUUAUCACAAAAGUGUUGGAAGCGCUUUUUGUCGGCAAUCCGAGGUGACGAAAGGACAGGGAAUUCCAUCGUUGAAGAGUGGAAUGGUGACCGACGCGGUUCGCGCCAAAGGUCUUCGGGCUGUUAUGGAAGAGCUGGAGAGGCAAGAACAGUUGGCCGAGGAAGCAGAGGACGAAGGGAAAAAAACUCGCUUCUUCCGACAGCAAUUUACCGCGAUGAGGCGCUCAUCCUCAGAGGUGGACACUCCUGGUUCUCGGUCCUGUCACCUUCCAUUCCGUCGGCCACGCCCGCCGUCGCUGGGACCUGCAAGUCGAGAAACCGCAUGCGGAAUGACUCUUUCAAAUCAGCCAGCGCAUUCGCUGGCUUUUGUUAGAGCUUCUGCUCUUCCAAGAGAUCCUACAAAGUCCGGUGCCGUUGCAGCGGCCCAACAGUUAAAGUCUGGUCUGUACCAUCCUCGUGGAAAGGGUUAAUCUAGCGGGGCUGUGA